UAUUUUUUCCAAUAUAACAAAUUAAAAAAGAUCUUUUGGCAUUUUUUUCCUGAGCUUUUAUUAAAAAGAUUUCGUCGAGAGUUUUACUCUUUUGGGGUUAAAGAGAGAUACAGGUUGUGAGGGACUGUUGUAUUUCAGGAAUUUAUGGUUUUAUUGGGUCUCUAAAUGUCGGAAAUCCUCUUUGGAGAAAAAAAACACACCAGCCCGAAAACUGAGAAGAUCCCUUUUGGAAACUGAAAAGUUGAACUUAACUAUAACAAAACAAACAAAAAAGAAAACCCGGCAAACCCGCUUUUUCAGAAUUGAUUUUGGCCAAAAACAGAAUUAAAAUGUAAACGCUGUUUUUAUUUAUUUUUUCCUACAGACAAGCCUGUAGACUUGAAAUCGAAAAAAAGACUAAUUGACAGGCGAAACUGGAAGAAAUGUUUAUAUUUCAUCUAAAUCAUUCUUACCUCUUUAAAUAAUAUUAACUAAAACGCUAAGAAAUGACGCAUUAAAAAACGGGAAAUAUGUGGGAACAUUUGUUUUUUGUGUCUUUGAAACAAAUAAAAAUUCACGUUUUUACAUUCUGACAAAAAGAUUAAAAGGUAAACAACCCGUUUAAACCAGCUUGUGUAGAACCGAUUGCGCAUAUUGAGUAAAACAUCUGUCUCUCUCAAUAAACCUGCACCUUCCAACUUGAUUUUUACGCCCUCCGUCACCUCCAUAACCUCCAAAUAUUCUAUUUUUAAGAAAAUAAAAAUGGCGAAGAGAAAGCGUGUCUAAAGCUCAAAAACCGCCGCGGUUUAUGAAAAUUUACAACUUUGCCAUGGAAGUUUACGACUUUCCCGGUGCAGGGAUUGGUUGCUGGCGGUCAUGUGGGCAGCAGGAAUGGGAACUUGUUUCCCCUGAGGUUAUAUUGCAGCUGCUGUUUUCCACCGCUCCUUCACUUAACAGAAGAAACACAAGCUUUUUCUCUUUUUUAUGCUUUUGUGGAGCGUUAUUUGGGUGAGCAGAUUCCCUCUGUUUAGAAUUCUCCAAAUGCAGCUGUAUGCGGCGCCUCGGCGUGUGCGCCAUGUUCACGUGGAUGCACUUGUGAGAAAACAUGUGCGAAAAUUGAGAGAUCAUCACAGUGAAGUGGAAGGAUUACUUUGAUUAUGUCACUCGCACAAAGGGGGAUUUUUUUAAGGACUGUCAGAGAGCGGAAUCUUCUCCUCCAGAGUGGCACACACACUGGGAAUGAUGGAUUAUCAACAAAGGACUCUCUCCUUGGUCAGAUACCGCUAUAUUCCUCGGGAUACACCGACCCGUUAAGACACUACUCCAACGCGGCCACAUAUGGAGCAGCCAACAUGCAGGAGAAGGUUUAUCCGGCGUCUUACUACCAGCAGACGGGCGCAGCAGCCGCGGCGAUCUACGGUCGCGCUGGUGGCGGCGCGCCUUGCGACUACAACCCGGUGGGGACUUUUUACAAGGACGCAGAGGGCUCCUGCGCCUUCUCGAGCCGCGAGGAUCAGCCUCUGUUUGUAACUCAAGAGCAUCAGCAGCGGAAAGCGGAAUGCCCGGAGCAAACUGUCAGCAUGAGCAGCAGCAUCGACGACAAGUCCUCAACUCUGAUCUAUCCGUGGAUGCAGAGGAUGAACGCGUGCUCCGCCGGUCCAUUUGGCACAAGUGGCCGCAGGGGCCGACAGACAUACACCCGCUACCAGACCCUGGAGUUGGAGAAGGAGUUCCACUUCAAUCGCUACCUGACCAGGAGGCGCCGAAUAGAGAUCUCCCAUGCCUUGUGCCUGACGGAGAGACAGAUCAAAAUCUGGUUUCAGAACCGUAGGAUGAAGUGGAAAAAGGAGAACAAACUCCUUAACCCAUCAAAGACACCCGAGGAGGAGGAACAGGCGGAAAAAAAGAGCUGAAGAGACUAUGGAAUAGGAUUCUUGGUUGUGGGUUCAUGCGCCUCACCGGAACUAUUCUGAUGUAUAUUGUCUUUGUACAUAAGUUUCAUGUUAGAAGCGUGGUCUUUAUUUCUGUUUCUGCACGGCAACACUGUCCGCAUAAUCAGAGCCUCCUCUGUCUGUCUUUGUGCUUGUGUAUUUAUUUAGGGGACUAUGCAAAAAAAUAAAUAAAAAAAGUUAUUUCAUUUCUGUGUUUAGUUUUGGACACUGUUACAGUACCCCAUAUAGACCCUGCUGCAUUUGGAUUCAAACUUCUCGACAUUUGCAGAUGUGUUGUCCUUCCUCGUGAACCUGCUCCGUGACUCUGUGCUUUGUAGUCUGUAGGCUCGUCGUUUACACCUGUGCCAUAAACGGUUCCAUUUGUACAGAUGAGAUAUGUUUCAUGUUAUUUAUUGUUGUUAAUUGUGUGUUCAAUGCACAACUGGAUACUGUGUGCAAUAUUUUGUUUAAAGGGAAUUGUAAAUAUGAAUAAAGGAUUUUUGAUGUACA